UCCGAUCAGUACUUGGUCUCUUCUUCUUCAUCGUAUCAAUUCAAGAAAAGAAGUGAAAAGAAAACAAACAGAAGUUACAGAAAUGGGCGAGAUUGGAAACGAGACUUUGGUGGAAGCUGCGCUGAGAGUGCUGAACACAGCAGAUCCAUUCGAAAAAGCUCGGCUCGGCGAUGAAGUUGCGGAGAAAUGGCUGAAGGGAGAUAUCGUAAUUCCCUACCACGCUUCCCCGGACACACCCGUACCCGAUCGCCCCGCCCGUCUCGCAAAUGUGAAGCUGGUCUCCCCGAGUGAGAUGCCGAAGCUCGGAAAGGCGGGGAGUUUGCAAAGCAGAAGGGCUAUUGUGCAUAGUCUUGUCCACACUGAAAGCUGGGCUAUUGACUUAUCAUGGGAUAUAAUUGCUCGAUUCGGUAAGCAAGAGUUGAUGCCGAUAGAUUUUUUCACGGACUUUGUUAAAGUGGCCCAAGACGAAGGCCGACACUUCACCUUGCUUGCAGCACGGCUCGAGGAACUAGGAUCUUCCUACGGAGCAUUACCUGCGCACGACGGUCUUUGGGAUUCUGCUAUUGCCACUUCGAAAGAUUUGUUAGCACGUUUGGCAAUCGAACAUUGUGUUCACGAGGCUAGAGGGCUAGAUGUGCUGCCAACAACCAUAUCACGUUUUCGGAACGGAGGUGAUGAGAAAACGGCAGAGUUAUUGGAGAAAGUUGUUUAUCCGGAAGAAAUUACACAUUGUGCCGCUGGAGUUAAGUGGUUUAAGUAUAUAUAUCUACGUUCGAAAAAUCCCGCGUUGGAUUCCGAUUUUGAGGUAUCUGAGGAAAGCGAAGCUGAAGUAAUUCAGAAGUUUCAUGAAACUGUGAGGGCUUUCUUUAGAGGGCCAUUGAAGCCACCUUUCAACGAGGCAGCGAGAAAAACGGCUGGAUUUGGACCUCAAUGGUACGAACCUCUUGCUGUCAAAGCCUUCUCUACAGAAUAAAGAGUCUUAACUGCCCAAAUAGGGGGAUUUUUUUGAAUGAUCAGAGCAACGUCUCUCCCGUUAUUUAAGAUAUUGUUUUGUAGCAAAUUUUGUAUCGAGAAUCUCAUGUUUUUGCGAAUUGAAAAAUCAGUUAUGAAUAUCUAAAAUCAGAUUUACUCUU